UCCCCAACACACCAAUGGUUGGUACUUUCCUGCAAAUAAUGGGUCUUUGUGAGUAAAGGGGAAAGGAAAACACGCAUUUGGAAGUCAUUUAAAUGGAGGAAUAUAACUCGGGAGUGGAGAACUUUUAGGAUCACUCCCACCGAGCGCAGGAGAGGAAGGGGAGGAGAUGUUUUGGUGGCGUCGUGUCUCCUCAGAUAGUCGAGCAGGGGUUAAUAAUCCGUCAUUUCUCAUGGACUUCGGUGGCAGCAGUCCGCGAAAUUUCCAGUAUGCGUGAACACCAACUGGGAGCUGCUUUCAGUCAAACGGACUCACUGCAUGCAGCUUUCUGAGGAACUUUACGCUUCGUGAUAAAGCCUUUUUUUUCACUUGAUGGAUGUUUAAUUCUUAUCAGAAUUCCAUUUUCGUCUUUAUCCCUUCAGAGGAACGUUUUUGGGUUUUUUUUGUUUUUUUUUUUUUACAUAAAUCAGAGGGAGGGGAAAGACUGCCCCAGACAAAAAAAUAACCUGGGUAAAAUGUGAGGUGUGCACCGCGUCCUGCGUACGAGCUGGUAGACUCCUAUUGACAACGUGAGAUUCCUGGACUAUUCAACUUAUUUUGGAGCCUCAAAGCUGUUUAAUAAUGGACAUGCUAAACUUAAGAAUCCAGUGCAUUUUAAUAUUAGUUACUUUGUAUGUGCAAGAGGGAUCAUCAGGAGAUUAUGAGGUGCACCUAGGAGGAAAAAUACUUUUACAGAGAGUAAGACGGCAAAGUAAACCAGCAAAGCCAGUGCUGAAGGUGACAGACUACCAUGUGAAGUGUUCAGUGGUGUCCCGCUAUGCUGUUACCACAGUCCAGAGUUCAGUUUGGAACCAGCUCCCCAUCACCAAAGAGGCAGCAUUUGAGGUGGACCUGCCCUCCUCUGCUUUUAUCUCCAACUUCACCAUCACCUCCAAUGGCAAGGUGUAUGUGGCCCAAGUGAAAGAAAGAGCCGCUGCCAGGAAAAUUUACGAUGCUGCAAAGAAGCAAGGAAAAACAGCUGGACUUGUCGCCACAAAAGAGCGGGAGAUUGAGAAGUUUCGUGUGGCAGUCAGUGUGCCGUCAGGAGCUCAGAUGUCCUUCUGUCUGACGUAUGAGGAGCUGUUACUCCGUCGACUCGGCCGCUACGAACUCAUCUUAGGUCUGAGGCCGGGACAGCCUGUGAAGAACCUAACGUUAGACGUCAGUAUAACAGAGAAGACAGGUCUCAGUUUCAUCAAAGUGCUUCCUCUCAAGACGAGUCGGCUGCUCUCCAACAAUGCUCAAGGUGAUGCUGAGGUGCCUCCGUCGACUCAUGUUGAGCGGAGCACUAGCUGUGCUCGAGUUCGCUAUAAUCCCACUUUGCAGCAGCAGAACAGUGUCUCCUCCAAAGGUCUUAAUGCAGACUUCAUCAUUCAGUAUGAUGUGGACCUCAGAGACCUUAUGGGUGAUGUUCAGGUGUAUGAUGGCUAUUUUGUCCAUUACUUCGCACCCAGAGGGCUUCCUGUGGUUCCUAAAGAUGUUAUAUUUGUCAUUGACAUCAGUGGCUCAAUGAUCGGCACCAAGAUUAAACAGACCAAGCAGGCCAUGAGCACCAUUCUGGGAGACCUUAGGGAGGGAGACCACUUUAAUAUCAUAACCUUCUCAGAUAAGGUUCAAACCUGGAAGAAAGGGCGAACAGUGCGAGCGACUCGGCAGAAUGUACGAGACGCCAAAGACUUUGUUAAGAGGAUUAUUGCUGAAGGAUGGACCAAUAUUAAUGCAGCUCUGCUUUCAGCGGCCCAGCUCGUCAACCCCUCUUCCAGUUCCUCCAGCCGCAACUUAUCUCGCCGUGUCCCUCUGGUCAUUUUUCUCACAGAUGGGGAGGCAACCAUUGGAGUAACAGCUGGCGACACCAUCCUCAAUAAUGCCAAAAAGGCUUUGGGCUCAGCCUCUUUGUUUGGUCUUGCAUUUGGAGAUGAUGCAGACUUCCUCCUCUUGAAGCGUUUGGCUUUGGAUAACCGUGGAGUGGCAAGGAUGGUGUAUGAGGAUGCAGAUGCAGCACUGCAGCUGAAGGGUUUUUAUGAUGAAGUAGCCAGCCCUUUGCUAUCAGACAUCCAACUUUCCUACCUGGAUGAUAAGGCAUUUGAUAUCACCUGCUCUCUCUUUCCGAACUACUUCCAAGGCUCAGAGUUGGUGGUGGCUGGGAGAGUUAAACCAGGCAUCAAAGACUUAAAAAUAUCAAUGAGUGCCACUGAUUCAAAGCAGCGUCUGAAACUUGAGAAUGAUGUUUUGAUUUCCCCUGAAAAAGGAAACGAGAGUGAAGACUUGCACAAAUGUUCAGAAAGUUUAGAAGGGAUUUCCAGCUUCGUGCAUCGUCUGUGGGCGUAUUUCACCAUUAAAGAGCUUCUUUUGGCCAAGCUGAACACUACUGACCCUGCAAUGCAAAGAUUACUGGCAGAAAAGGCCACCAACAUUUCCCUCAAAUAUAACUUUGUCACACCUGUCACUUCUCUAGUGGUAGUCAAACCAGAUGCAGAUGAAACAGCUCCAACUCCAACCACUGCAAGACCCACCACAGCAGCUACUACAACUACAACAACUGCUGCUAAUAAAAUAUCAGCUUCUGGUGCUGCAAAGAUGCACAACUUAUCCUCCAAUCCCAGGCCUAAUAAAAUAAAACCAAGCCCUCCUAAGCCACCUCUGGGACAGCCUAAAAAAACCUCAUCACCACCUACCACUAAAGUUUUACCAUCCAAGAAAACCACUACAGCCUCAACUCCCAGCACCACCAAAACUGCCCCUGCACCAUUCUCUGGUAAAAAGCCCAGCCCUUCCCAAAAUGUGUCAAAAACUGCCUCUCCUCCUCCUGCUGGGAAGAUGUCCACUUCCGUUCUCAAUUCUCUGAAGACAGCCUCACCCCCUGCACCUGGAAAAGUCUCCACACCUCCAUCAACACAAAAAUCAUCCACCACAUCACCAACACCAACCACAAGUGAUAUAACUCCACCCAUUUCAUCCAGAACUGACCCCGGUCCUGUUCAUGGGAGACCAUUGACCUCUCACCCCAAUACAGGGAGGACCGCUUUGCCUCCUGCAAAAGUGACGGUGCCCUCUUUUGAGGCCGAGAACAUCAGCAGUACAUCUGCCACCAAUGUCCAGAUCACCACCACUCUGCCUGACCUGUUGUCCACCCUCACCUCUCCCACACCGGCCCCGGCCCCAGCUCUGGUAGACAACAAUACCAGCUCAAGCAUUGACACAGAUCUGAGCAUCGCCACUCUGGUCGCAGCAACCUUUGCUCCUAUGCCUGGUGUAACAGAUGGGCCAAGACUAUGGGAGGCAGCGGGACUUCUGGAUGUCUCUACUUCCAUUCAAAUUCAGAGAAAAGAUAUUGACCUUGUGAAAGACUAUGAUGCCACCUAUGAUUAUGACUAUGACCUCAGCUAUGAUGCUUGGGAUGAUACUGCAGACACUGACACAGGAUCAUUUGUGCUUGGGAGUGAGGAGGACUGUCCUUUAGCUGAAUGUCUUGUCCUUUUAGAACCUCCAUCCAGACUGAGCACCGUCCGAGUAUUUUCCUCAUCAGUUGAUGGAGAUCCUCAUUUUGUGGUCCAGCUACCAAAGCUGCAUCAGAACCUAUGUUUCACAGUAGACGGCCGGGCCAAUGAUGUUCUUCGACUAUUAGAGGACCCGGAGAGAGGGAUCAUCAUAGAUGGCCACCUGAUGGGAGCACCCUCCAAACACGGCGCUGAGGACCGCUCCAGAACCUACUUUGAUCAACUCAUUAUCUCCUCAGCCACAGGAAGCUCUGGUGACAUUAUGAUCACACUCUCACUGGAUGCUGUAGUGGUAGAAGGAGAAGGGCGAGACAGACUUCCUAUCAAUCAGCAGGGAUCUGUGACAAGACAAGGUGUGACGGUAACUGUGGACAACCAUCGCAGCUGCUGGAUCGAGCUGGCCAAAAAUGUGCGUUUCCUAGUUCUAUUCCACCACUACAAACAUCCCAGCUACCUACAAAUGGCUCAUCUGGGUUUUUACAUCACAGAUGGGCAGGGACUCUCCACCUCAACCCAAGGCCUGCUGGGCCAGUUUCAACAUGCUGAUAUGAGUGUAACCACAGUGAAGGAUCACAUGGAUGGAGGUGCGUAUCGGCCUAACAAGGAGGGGGUUCUAUCGAGGGGGAUCCUCAGGUGGGGUUCAGAGCGUAUGGCAGUGACCCUGCAAGACAAGACACUGAAAGAUUCAGUGCGUAAACGGCACUUGGGCAAGUGUUGGGUGGUGCCAAAGACAGAGGUAGAAAGACUACUGGGUCAUCCGUAUGAGAGUUACGUUGUGGAUCAUGUGUAACCCUAACUGAGUCAACUCCGCCUUUCUGCCACCCUGCUGCUCAGCUCAGGUCACAACAAUAAUCAGGGCCUGGUUAUUGGACAAAAGAUGAACAACAACUGGGACUCCAUGGGGGCUCAAAUAACAUGCUUCCACAGUCACGUGGAAAGACACCAAUAUUCUCUAAGGAGCCAUGAAACACAGGUGUGGAUACAAAAGAGCAAAAGUGAGGGUGAUAUUGUAGUCUACAGUAAAAAGAAAGCUGCAAACACCAGAUUAAAGAGGAUGUAUGGUUUGCCUAAUGUGGUUAAGGACUGAAAGAAGCUGUUGUGUCUUUUCCAUCACUGAAUUUGAACUGAAUUCAAGCUGUGUUCUGAAUCUACAACGGAGACACUAUGUUCUUCUGUUCGCAUGGCAACCAUAAAAUGUCCAUUUGUGCUGCAGCACUUUGCUCCAAAACGACUUGCACACUAUCCCUGUUCACAACUUAACUAAUAUUUGGCAGAUAUUUCUUGUAUUUCAUUGUGAAAUAAUUAGUAGGCAAAGGCAGAGUCCUCUAAUUCAACCAUCUGUAAUUAUUAAAAACUCUACCAUACUUUGUUUUAGUAUGUGUAUAUAAAAUAUUAUUGUAUGUAUGAUAACCCCCCUCCCCUCUGAAAAGGAUACUCACCUGCAUGUGGUUGCAAGGUCUUCAAAAGAAAUAGAAAACAUUAUCAGGGUUUUUUCCAGGUUUGCCAUGUGCUUUUUAUUUUUCUAUCAUUUCAUUCAUAGUUUAAUUCAUUUUAUUUGUUACACAAGACAUUAGGCAUUGUUCACAUACUAGUGAUCAAACAAGGACAGUAAGUUUUCUACUACUCAACCUGAACUAUUUCUUUUGUCAAUUUCAAGGGAUAUUGUCAAUAGUGGUUUUCAAAGGCCAAACUGGAUGGAAAUUAAACAGUACAACCACACAUGAGGCUUUUGUUUUCAAUAAAUGAAAAAA